AUGGACAGGACGCCCCUCAUUGCGGCCGGGGUGAUCGGUGCUCUGUUUGUCAUCGUCAUCGUGGCGCUGAGCGUGGCGGUCUACGUGCGCCGUAAGAGCAUCAAGAAGAAGAGGGCUCUGCGCCGCUUCCUGGAGACAGAGUUGGUGGAGCCCCUGACCCCUAGCGGCACGGCCCCCAACCAGGCCCAGCUUCGUAUCCUCAAAGAGACAGAGCUAAAGAGGGUUAAGAUCCUCGGCUCGGGAGCCUUCGGCACCGUCCACAAGGGUAUCUGGGUCCCAGAGGGAGAGACAGUAAAGAUCCCAGUGGCCAUAAAGAUCCUGAACGAGGCUACGGGGCCCAAAGCAAACGUGGAGUUCAUGGACGAGGCUCUGAUUAUGGCCAGCAUGGAGCAUCCCCACCUGGUCCGUCUCCUGGGGGUCUGCCUGAGCCCCACCACACAGCUGGUCACCCAGCUCAUGCCCCACGGCUGCCUCCUCGACUACGUCCACGAACACAAGGACAACAUCGGCUCUCAACUGCUGCUCAACUGGUGUGUCCAGAUCGCUAAGGGUAUGAUGUAUCUGGAGGAGAGAAGGCUGGUCCACAGAGAUCUGGCAGCCCGUAAUGUUCUGGUCAAGUCCCCCAACCACAUCAAGAUCACUGACUUUGGCCUGGCCAGACUGCUGGACGUCGACGAGAAAGAAUAUAACGCUGACGGGGGCAAGAUGCCCAUUAAGUGGAUGGCGUUGGAGUGUAUUCACUACAGGAAGUUCACACACCAGAGUGAUGUGUGGAGCUACGGUGUGACUAUCUGGGAGCUGAUGACUUUUGGAGGGAAGCCGUAUGACGGCAUCCCCACGCGAGAGAUCCCAGACAUCCUGGAGAAGGGCGAGCGUCUGCCUCAGCCUCCCAUCUGCACCAUAGACGUCUAUAUGGUCAUGGUUAAAU